ACCCCCCCAAUGCCGCGGGGGGUGCGGACGUCACCCCUGGGGGCACGGGAGGUGGCGGGUGCCCCCUACACCCUACGGGUGCUCCAGGAGGGCUACUGCUCCCCCCAGCCCGACGGCACCUUCCGCGCCGACGGCUCCGUCACCCUCGUCUGGGGGGGCCCCGUCACCGCCUUGGUGGACACGGGGGGUCCUUGGGACCGCCAGCGUCUCCUCGACCUCUUGGCCGAGCAAGGGCUGUCGCCAAACGACGUCACCCACGUCGUCUGCACCCACGGUCACUCCGACCACGUGGGGAACAUCAACCUCUUCCCUACGGCCACCUUGUUGGUGGGCCUUGACCUGAGUCGGGGUGACGGGUGCUACCUGCCCCACGACUUGGCGAAGGGGCGUCCCUACGUCCUCCACCCCGGUCACCUCGAGGUGAUGGCCACCCCGGGUCAUACGAUCGACCACGUCAGCGUGGUGGUACAUGACACCUCCCUGGGGACCGUGGUGGUGGCCGGGGACUUGUUCGAGAGGGAGGAAGAUGAGGAAGAGUGGAGGGCGUCGAGCGAAGACCCGGCGAGGCAGGAGCAAAGCCGUCGACGGGUGAUGGCCAUGGCCGACGUCAUCGUGCCCGGUCACGGACCGCCCUUCCGGGUCUUCAGGGAGCGGGGGGACGGGAAAGUCCCUUGGGAGGAGGAGGAUGAGGGGACUGCUGCCACUAGAGAUGGUCCCAAGGGACACGGGGACAACCCCAGGGGAGAUGUGACCCCUGGAGAUGUCCCUGAAGAGGAGGGGAACGGGACUGGAAAUGAUCCCAGGCCGUGAGAGACGCCCUGGGGACAUCCCUUGGGGGAGGAGGAGACCCAGGGACGUCCCAGAGGGAGACAAGACCUCCGUGAAGAUGUCCUCAAGGGAAGAACAUGUUUUUCGGGAUGUUGCCAGGACGGAAGAGCCCCGGAGGGUGUCCUCAAGGCUUUGAAGACCCCAUGAGAUGUCCCUGAGGCACAGGAGCACCGUGGGGACAUCUCCAAAUGUGAAAUAAAGCCCAUGACCAUCCCCUGGUGCCGUGUCUUUGUGGGGUAACGAGGAUGCUAGCGAGCUGGGUGAUACUGGUGUCCCCCACCAGU